AACACCAAUCCCCGAAAGAAAAGAAAGACACAACGCGAGCUCAAGCCAUGGAGACCGCUCCCACGAAGCCGUCCUUGUCCAGGAAGCCCUCGCCGUCGUUCCGCCUCCGCAACGGCAGCCUCAAUGCCCUGCGCCUGCGCCGCGUGUUCGACCUCUUCGACCGCAACGGCGACGGCGAGAUCACCCUCGACGAGAUGGAGUCCGCGCUGGACACGCUCGGCCUCGGCGCCGACCGCGCCGGCCUGGAGGCCACCGUCGGCGCCUACAUCCCGGCCGGCGCCAACGGCCUCGGCUUCAAUGACUUCGAGAGCCUCCACCGCGCUCUCGGCGACGCACUCUUCGGCCCCAUCGUGGAGGAGGAGGAGGCCCAGAAGGAGGGCGAGGACGAGGACAUGAAGGAGGCGUUCCGGGUGUUCGACGAGAACGGCGACGGCUUCAUCUCCGCCGCCGAGCUGCAGGCCGUGCUCAAGAAGCUCGGCCUGGCGGAGGCGAGGAGCCUGGCCGCGGUGCAGGAGAUGAUCUGCAACGUCGACCGCGACCGCGACGGCCAGGUCGAUUUCGGCGAGUUCAAGACCAUGAUGCAGGGGAUCACCGUGUGGGGCGCUUGACGCCGGCGGCGCGCGCCUGGCCUUCGUCCAUCUCCUGUUUCUCAUAUUCUCAAGCAUCAGAAGAUUGCUCCAGCCUUACAAAGUUGAAGCCUGUAGCCUUGUGUAAACUCGUGUUAGUUUCUUCGGUCCCUAGGGAGUUGGUGUGCGUCGGUCAGAAGUUCAGAAUGCACGUAAUGGGCUUGUAAUUUUAGCAUGUUCUAACUGCGAUGGCUCUAUCUUUCACACAUGAAACCAUGUAGGUACUUUGCAUCUGAUGCGUGUGCCUUGUAGUACGAUAAUCUCCCUGUACAUCAUAACAUGGGACACCCGUUUCAUCCAUUUCGUUUAUCAAAAUUGUAUAAUGUACUGUACUAUUUUGACUUCCCUAAUAUAUUUGCACAUUUGUUAAA